GUGGGCUGCGCGGGCUGUCGGCGGUAGAUGAGCGACGCCAUGGGAGACGGUCAGAGCCCUGCUCCCGAAAGGGAGGUGAAGAAUUUCCACUUCCGUCAGAUGAAGAAAAUCCGAAUCUUCAAUUCUCCGGACGAGUUGCCGAAGGACAGGGUGAAUCUCCUGACCUUGUCCAAUGCUUAUGGACUGAUCUUUAUGGGAGGGAAGAUUGGCCUGAAGAUACUCAACACCCAAUACCUUUCCAUUGUUGACCAGAGCGAGGGGAGCAUUAAUACCAUCAUCGAAGAUCCUCCUGUCAUGACAGUCAAUAUGAAGCUCCCAGUGCACCACAUUAGCCUGAGCUGUGACGAUUUCACCUUGUCUGCUGCCAUGACAUCAGAGGAAUAUGGACUGGUCAUUGCCUUUUUCGACGUACGGACAUUUUUGAACAAGGACAAACUGCAGAAGCGACCGUUUCUGUACUACAAGCCAGAGAAAAAGUGCACAGUGGCCGACUUGAAAUGGAAUCCGGCAGUGAACUGUAUCCUGGCCGUCUGCAUGUCUGAUGGAAGCUUGACCAUACUGGAAGUUACUGACAUCAUUAAGCAGCAUGCCUCCCUUCCUCCCACAGCUGGCAUUACUUCAUUGUGCUGGAGUCCGAAAGGGAAGCAACUGGCUGCUGGUCGAAGGAAUGGGACAGUGGUUCAGUACUCACCGGUUCUUCAAGAAAAGAAGAUCAUCCCAUGCCCCGCUUUCUACACUGCAGACAAUCCAGUUAAAGUGUUGGACAUCUGUUGGAUCAGCACCUACGUUUUUGCAGUGGUUUACGUGACUGCGGAUGGAUCACCGGACAACCCUCCUGAAUUUGUAAUGGUUUCCCUGGCGAAAAAGGAUGAGAAACGAGAGGACCAGUUCUUAAACUUUAAUGACCUGUGCUUUGGGAUAUCGUCUGAGAGGCAGCACCAUUACUACAUGCACUAUUUGGAGCAGUGGGAUCUUAUCUUGGCCUCUUCAGCUGCAUCUAUUGAAGUCAGCAUUGUUGCUCGGCAACCGGAUAAGGUCACCUGGGAAGUGUGGGUCCUGGAGGAUGCAGCCCGUGCGGAAUUCCCUGUGACGGAGAAUAGUGAUGACACGAUGCCAGUUGGUCUUGGUGUAGACAUCACCAGUCAGCAAGCAGUCGCCAUAGGCAAUGAGAAGACUUUCCCUCCGUCUCCGAUCUUGAUAUUGCUUUCAACAGAUGGACUCCUAUGCCCAUUCCAUAUGCUCAACUCUAUACCUGGAAUGAAGACACCAGUGAAGUCACCAAGAUGCCCACGUAUCGAAGGGGAGCGAGAACCCAAGCCAGCUCAAGUGUCAAUACCUGCUCCCUCGUUAUUGGGAUCAUCACAUGCUGCAACUGCUUCGUCACAGGGCUCACAGGUUGUGAAUCCGCCUGCUUCGUUCCGCCCACCUGUGCUGCCGGUGAUCCCGCCAUCUUUACCCACUUUUUCGAAGAUACCUACCCAAACUCCACAUGGAAAACCCAUACAAGAUACGGUUAAUCCUGAAGUUAAAAUCAAGCAUUAUGAAUCGUCCUCUUCAAGUGACAGUCCAAAACUUGGUGCCUCAGAAGCAAAGAUCAGCCCAACACCAUCUACCAAAUUGGUCAGGUUCUUGGAAAGCGGAUCAUCAUCCAGUGAGAAUGAACUGAAGGCUCAAAUGAUGCAGAAUCAGCUGCCCUCAGGAGCACGGGGUCCGUCUCCAGUCACUGCUCGAAGUGCAAUGGGUGCUGCUACCAUCUUUCCCGUUUCCAAGACUUGUCCGACUCAGAGCUCUGCCUCCUUAGAACUGUCGGUGUCUGAUUUGGAAAAACAGUUGAAACAACAUCCAACCCUGGACCCUGUCAUGGUGGGAAUCAUGGAAGAGAUUUCUCUCUUUCAGAAGGAACUUGAUGAUUUGAAAGCUCGCACGGCACGUUCUAACUUUGAGGUUGGCAGCACCAAGGAGAUGACCCACCUGCGGUAUGACGCCCAGUCACUACACACCUUCCUGUUGGAGGUCAGGGAGAUAACAGAGACUCUGCAUGAAGAAAUUGGCAUUCUGAAGACUGUGAUGCUAGAAGGAUUUGCUGGUGUGGAAGAUGCAACUACACAUAACGAGCGAAACAUGGAUAAGAAUUAUCUUCAGCUCCUGCGUCGAAAGCCCCUCAGCCCAAAGAGUGAAGCCCAACUCAAGGAAAUUCGCCAACUGCAUCAGUAUGUGAAGUUUGCCGUUCAGGAUGUAAAUGAUAUGUUGGACAUGGAAUGGGAGCAAUACCAGGAAAAGAACAAGAAGCACAAACAUCUGCUUCUACCAGAGAGGGAAGUGUUGUUCAACGCUUUGGCGAGCCAUCAUGAGAUCAUUACCCAGCAGGAUAAGAAGAUUAAUGAACUGAUAGACAGCUUGCAGAACCUCCGUAUUUAUAACCAGACCUCCAAGUGGUGUGUGCCCAAUGAAAAGUGUCUACUGAGUGAUCGUUGCUGGGAUACUGAGUUAGAGAUGCUACGCAGCGUGCUGGUGAAGACUACCCUCGAUGGAACACCAAAAGGGACUUCAGCCACCCCAGGUAAACUAUCCCCAGUGAAACAAUCGCAGCUACGGAGCUUCCUUUCAAAAAGACAGACUCCGCCUGUGAGAUCCACUGCACCCGCUAAUUUGUCCAGGUCAGCCUUUAUAUCACCCAAAUAUUACGGAGAGCUGGAUGAUUCGACUCAGAAGUCUACUUUGUUGCGCCCAGAUUAUGAAGGUCUUCAGGCCAAAGAGCAGGAGACAUCCUUGUUAAAACAUGCUCCUGUCACGAGGCUGCCUUCCUUUCCACCAUCAGCAGUCACUGCACAGUCAACACCUUAUGGCAAAGUCCAGCUUCCAGCUGGUCCCACUGCCACCACAAUUCCAAAGCCAACAGGUAAGAUGGUGAGACACGGAGCACCAGGGACUGAGAAGCCAGCCACCAUCCUUCCAGCUGCCCAGGCUGCUGCCCAAGCAGCUUUCCGAAGACAGAUGACCAGUCAGGUGCCAGCUCCAAGUGCUACCAUCCAAGAGCCUGAACAAAAAGAGAGUCCUCCCACCAUUACCCCUCAAAUCUUGCAAGGGGCAGGCCUGCCUCAGGGUCCACCACCUGUCUCCAGUUCCUCUUUGCCAGCUUCUGAAACCGAGAUUGGGACUCAGAUCAAACAGGGACCUGUGAAAGUGCCUGCCAAAACAGAGCCCAGUCCAUCUGGAUCAAGUUUAUUAGAAUCCUCCUCCACAUCAUCAUCGAGUUUGAUGGCCUCUGUAUCCAUAGGGAGUGUGCUGAAACCUGACCUAUCCAUGAUUGCAGCCCCAAGCGAGCAGCUCCAUAAAAUUUCCUCAUUCCCAGGAGCCUCCACUGGGUUCCAUUUCACGUCACCGAGCACAUCCUCAUUAAAUGCACUGAGCAACAAGGCUCAAGGAUAUUCUACAGGUACAAAGGAUGCUCUUCGAUCUGCCUUAGGAUUGCCCAGUAAAAUAUCCUUUGCACUGGGAACUGAUGCCCCACCUUCACAUAGGAGCUUAAAGUCCAGCUCGAGCUCUGCUGAAUCGACAUCAAUCACUGGCAUCUGUACCCCUAAUGCUCUGUGUCCAGAGCAGCAACCACCUGGCAGGCCAGUUGUAACUGAAGCAGCACCUGAGUCUACCAUCCCUGCAGUUGCAAGCAAACUUGAGGAUCAGCAGUCCAGUUCCGAAACACAGCCAUCCAAACCAGAAUCUCACACUUCCUCAGCUGAGCUUUACCCAUCUAAAACUGAAGGUCCAGUGCAGCCUGAACCUGAGAUCCUGCCACAGGCCAGGCCUGAUGUUUCACCACAGCCUGAGCCAGCGGUUGUUCCUGCAGAGCCUAAGGUUGAGGUUCCACCUUGGCCAAGGCCCGAGGUGGCUCCUCCAGAGACCGGGCCCGAAGUGGCUCUCCCCGCAUCCAGGGCCGAGACAGCUCCACCCGAGACCAGGGCCGAGACGGCUCCACCCGAGACCAGGGCCGAGACGGCUCCACCCGAGCCCAGGCCCGGGACGGCUCCUCCCGAGCCCAGGCCCGGGACGGCUCCUCCCGAGCCCAGGCCCGGGACGGCUCCACCCGAGCCCAGGCCCGGGACGGCUCCACCCGAGCCCAGGCCCGGGACGGCUCCACCCGAGCCCAGGCCCGGGUCGGCUCCUCCCGAGCCCAGGCCCGAGACGGCUCCUCCCGAGCCCAGGCCCGAGACGGCUCCUCCCGAGCCCAGGCCCGCGACGGCUCCUCCCGAGCCCAGGCCCGCGACGGCUCCUCCCGAACCCAGGCCCGAGGCGGCUUCUGCAAAGUCCGGGUCCGAGGUGGCGCUGCCUGAGUUCAGGUCUGCUUUUCCACCACAGACUAAGCCCGAAGUAACACCACUGCAAUCAGAAACGGAUCUCUUUGAGGGUAGCCCUAAAGGGGUCACAAUUGGCAGCUUCUCUGGACUUGUGGUCAGUCAGACAGAUGAUGGCUGCAGAUUGGAUAGAUCUUCACAGGAUAAUUUCAUCUUUGCCCAAACGGCCAAAACUCCGACAGCUCCUCCAUCUGUGGCCUUCGGCGAGCCCUUCCAAAUUGGAAAGUCAGAAUCUGCAGAAGUUAUGCCAGUAUGCUCAAUUGACACCGUUAUACCUAGACCAAGUGGAAUGCCAUAUCCCUCUGCCUCUGCAGUUAACUCCAGAACUCCUAGUUCACCUAGCACUUUACAUUCGAUGGGUAGCAAAUCUGAUGUUGUUUCAAAGCAAGAGGAGCCUAUGAGUACUGCCGGUCAAAUUGCUGCUGCCAUAGCUGCUAUAAACACUUUGCAAGAUUCAACUUUUGCUGACUCGUUCACACCCCCCUCAGCUUCAUUAACAGAAUCCACGACGUCCUUCUCUCCUGAUGGAAAGCCUUCAUCUCGUGCUAGCAUCUCCAGUGCAGCUGAGAAGCAGGCAGUGGCACAGAGCCCAAAAGUACCAGCAUCCAAAGCCUCAGUAAGCACUGCCGGAAGUCCUUCUAUUCCAGGUGUCAGUGGGACAACAUUCACGUCCACAUCCACGUCCACGUCCACAUCCACGAGCAGUCAGUUUAUGCCAGGACUGGGCAUUUCUCCAGAAUCCAGCACAAUUUUGGUGACAUCUAUUGGAAGCGCUGCCCCACAGCCUCUGCCAAUGAGCAGUGCUGCACCCAAAAACGGCAGUGAGGCUACCACAGCACCGCUGUUUGGAACUGCUGCACCCGGACCCUCUGUGCCGUCACCCCUGACGUCUCAGCCCUUUGGUCAGCCUGUGGAUACCAGCACAACACCAACCCUGGGCUUUGGCCAACCGGUCACAACAACUGUCCCGUCCACCUUUGUGCAAGACACAAACGGUGUUGCCGACAGCAGCAGUUCAGCCAAAGCUGCUUUUGGUCAGCCGUCCGACGCAGGCUUUGGGCAGCAGCAGCAGCAGCCUUCCGGCAGUAAAUUCAACUUUUCCUUUCCUGGCACACCCGCUACCAGCAAUGCCAGUACAUUCCCAUUUGGACAGGCGCCUCUCAGCAGUGGUACCAUUUUCGGGCAGUCUGGUACCCCAGCCUUUGGACAGAACGCUAGCUUUGGGCAAAGCCCUGCUUUUGGAACCGGCUCCGCAGCAUCUUCAGGAUUCGGCUUUGUGCAGCCAUCAAGUUUUGGCAGCACAUCAAGCUCUGUAUUUGGUCAGUCUGCAGGCUCUGCCAAUGUGUUUGGUCAGCCUACUAGCGCACAGCCGGUUUUUGGCUCCUCGGCACCUGGAAGUGGAUUCUUCAGCGGACUGGGAAGAAGGCCGAGCUUGGAUACGAGUGCUAGAAAUCCAUUUGGGCAGACAAACUUUGGAUCAGCUGAGGCUGCGAAUGCUCAGAGCCUCUUCGGGAACAGUGGUGCCAAGACAUUUGGGUUUGGCAGUACCUCUUUCGGAUCAGAUCAGAAGACGUCAGGCUCAUUCAGCGCAGGCUCCAGUGUCGCUGCCCAAGGCUUUGGCAACUUCUCCACUCCCUCAAAACCUGCAGGUGGUUUUGGCGCUGCCCCCGUGUGCAGUCCGCCAGCCUUUGGUAGCACUCCAACAUUCGGAGGCCUGCCAGCAUUUGGUGGCUCACCAGUUUUUAGUGGAACAAUGAGUACUUCGGGAGGCAAGGUGUUUGGUGAAGGAACAGCAGCUGCUAGUGCUGGAGGUUUCGGCUUUGGGAACACUGCCAGUGCGCAAUCAUUUGGAAGCAUAGCAAGUCAGUCCAGUGUAUCUGGUUUUGGAGGACAAGGGUCUGGCUUUCCAGCGUUUGGGUCCAGCGGAGGAGGGUUUGGAAGUGGUUUUGGAUCCCCAAAUCAGUCCAACCAAUCAUUCACCAGUGGAUGGAGGGGCUGAAUCCUGAACGGCAUUGUUUUUAUAAACUGUACAUAUCUGUAUGUAUAUCAUGAGUGAGGUACUUGGUAACCCAAGAGGUGGUGUGAUUUAGAGAAUCCUAAACUGCAAAUCGAUCAAGCCCCCAAAGGCCACUGUGCAAAAUGAGGUUCAAUCAUGUUUGGUACUCUGAGAUAUGUCUUUGUCACAUGAUGUCAUAUCAAUGAUGUAUUUUAUCAAAUAAAAAUUAUAAAUUGGCCCUAUCUU